CUGAGCUCUCCCAGCUGAAGAUUUUGAAGCCUGCUGCCCAAGAUGAAUGCAGUUGGAAUCACUGAAAACAUGAAGGGGGAUCAUCGAAAAUUUGAGAUCUGGUACAGCGGACGAGAAGAGGUGUACGUUGUUCAGUAUAGGUAUCUUUACGGGCAACUGGUUUGGACUGUAGUAUCGAAAACAGAGACGAGAAAAAUACGGAACAACACAACAAGUGAAGAAACUUAUGAACUAACCAGUUUCUCCAGUUAUGCUGCAACCCUUGUCCAAUCGACCAAGCUGCAGUGGUGUAACGGAAGGUAGCAUUUAGCUCUGUGUCUGUGAGAAACUCAAGACGAGCUCAGCAUACUGAGAACUCAGCAAGAGGAAUUCAUGGCACUGCUAGAUGAGG